AUGCCGACACCUUAUAUGGUUAAUAACCAGUUAGUACCACAAUUAAAAGAGUUUUUAUUAGAAGAUGCAAAAAGAAUACGAUGGACUUUAGAAAAAAUAGCACAAACAUUAAAAGAUCGACAUCGAGAAUAUCAACGACAAAAAAUACGACCAUUUACACGUUCAGUUGAGAAAGCUUAUGAAAUUCUAUUAACUGAUAAUGAUUUUCUUUCUUAUGCAUCAUCGAAAACUGAAAAUACUAAAAGUGAAACAUCUUCCGAUUCAGAAGAAGAAUGGGAACAACAAGCUGCUCAUCGUCCAAAUACAAUGAAUCAAAUGGUUGCUAAUCUUUAUGCUAAUAAUACUGGAACAGCAUCAUCGUUACCGGAAAAUUCUAAUAAUCAAACAGAAUCUCCAACAAAAUCUGAAGAUACAAAACGAAAACAUUCAAAUGAAAAAUCAGUAAAGAAAGUUAAAAGAAAACGACCAACAGAAUCAUUAGAUACAAAUGAUAUUGAUGGUCCUGAUGUCGAAUAUUCUCAACUGACAUUUGAAGAUUUUGCUGCAUCUGAUCAAUUUAAAGAAAAUUUAAUUCGUCGAAUAUAUUUUAUUUUGAGACCAGAAGAUUUUAUUCAAAAUGGUAAAACACCACCACGUGGAUUUCUUUUACAUGGACCACCUGGUGUUGGAAAAUCUCUAUUAGCUCAAGCAUUAGCUGGGGAAUUACAUCUACCAAUUUUAAAAACAACAUCAACUGAAUUAGUUUCUGGAAUAUCAGGUGAUUCAGAAUUUAAAAUACGUAAAUUAUUUGAGCAAGCAAAACGUCAUUCGCCAUGUAUUUUAUUUAUUGAUGAAAUCGAAGCUAUUUCACAACGACGUGAAUCAGCUUCGAAAGAUAUGGAAAGACGUAUUGUUACUCAAUUAUUAGCAUGUCUUGAUGAAUUAUCUCGUUUACCAAUGAUUCGUGUUGUUAUUAUUGGUUCAACAAAUCGACCUGAUUCAAUUGAUCCAGCAUUGAGACGUGCUGGUCGAUUUGAUCAUGAAAUAGCACUUGGAAUUCCAAAUGAAGUUGAACGAAGAAGAAUUUUAACUAUGAUGUGUCGAAAAUUAACUUCGUUAGAAUCGACAUUUGAUCUAGAUGAAGUUGUAAUGAAAUCACCUGGUUUUGUUGGUGCUGAUUUAAGUGCAUUAAUUGAUGAAGCAUUAGCAGCUGCAUUGAAUAGAAAAAUGAAUGCAGAUUUAAAUGCAAAUCAAUCGAUGAUUGAAUGGAUAAAAGAAAAAAUUCAUGAUCCACCAACUGAAAAACAACUUUCAGAAAAUUUAUGUACUAUUACAAUGGAUGAUUUUCGAAUAGCUUUGAAGAGUGUUCAACCAUCGAGUAAACGAGAAGGUUUUGCAACAGUACCUGAUGUUACAUUUGAUGAUAUUGGUGCAUUAAAAGAUGUUCGGGAAGAACUUAGUAUGGCUAUAUUAGCAUCUAUUCGAUAUCCGGCAUUGUAUGAUCGUUUUGGAUUUGUUCGAUCACCUGGUGUCUUACUUGUUGGUCCACCAGGAUGUGGUAAAACUUUAUUAGCAAAAGCAAUUGCUAAUGAAUCUGGUAUUAAUUUCAUAUCCGUUAAAGGACCUGAAUUAUUAAAUAUGUAUGUCGGUGAAAGUGAACGAGCAGUUCGACAAGUUUUUCAACGAGCACGUGAUUCAAAUCCAUGUGUUAUAUUUUUUGAUGAAAUUGAUGCAUUAUGUCCACGUCGUACAGCUCAUGAUACUGGUUCAACAGCUCGAGUUGUUAAUCAAUUAUUAACAGAAAUGGAUGGUGUUGAUCAAACAACAGCAAGUAAACGUGUUUAUGUUAUGGCAGCAACUAAUCGAAUGGAUAUCCUUGAUCCAGCUAUUCUUCGUCCUGGUCGACUUGAUAAACAUAUCUAUGUUGGACUUCCAAAUGCUCAAGGACGAUUUGAUAUUCUUAAAACAAUUACAAAAAAUGGUACUCGACCACCUUUAUCAUCCGAUGUUAAUCUACAAUUGAUGAGUGAUGAUGAACGAUGUCAUGGAUAUACUGGUGCUGAUCUUGCUGCAUUAAUCCGUGAAGCAUCAGAAAUUGCUAUGACAGAUCAUAUUACAAAAUCUUUAUUAACAGAAGAUGCUUGUGUUCAUCAAGCACAUAUUGAUCGUGCAUUUAGUAAAAUUAUUCCAUCAGUUUCUGAAACAGAUCGUCGACGAUAUGAAGAAACUCGUCAAUUAUGUCUUCGUUUGCAAUAA